GUACUUAUUACUUAUUCAAUAAUUAGGUGAAAUAGUUGAGAAAGCUAUAAGAAAACGUGAAUAUCGUGUCAGUCGAUAAUUCAUGUUAACCCAUUUCUCAAGAAAAGUAUCAUCUAUACUGUGUUAACGUCGAAAACGACGAGGACAUUUGUAUUUCUACAAAUUAAGAAAACUACGAAGUCGUCAUCAUGGUGAGCACACAGAAGAGACUUCCAAAAACUGACCCCAACAAGCCAAGUGAAACUGAACGAUUAGUAACUUGGAUUAGCAGAGUUCGCAACAAAAAAUUAAAGUGUCGCCGAAAUCGCAAACGCGAUUUACGGAUUGAAGCAGUACUGACGUGCGCUCUUUCCAAAGCUGAAAAUGAUUUACGCAUCCAGCAAUUAUCAACAGCUUCAAAAUGGCAGCGACUUAAAAGACAAUGCUUGAAGAAGGGAAAUUAUUCAAAUUAUGAACUCUACAAUGGUGAAGACACAGAAAAUCGGAGAUUGUCUCAACAGAAUCCCUGGAAAAAGCCAUUAUGUCCUGAAUUGAGCAGUUUAGACGAUUUCAUGUCUAAGUUGGCAGAAAUAAAAGUACCGUUACAACGCUGAAGUAGUGGGAAAAAUGCAAGCGAUCAGGUUUGGAAGACCUAGAAGCUGACUGUGACUACUUUGACAAGAGGAUUUCUGCGUAGAGAUUUCAACAACUAUAUGGAAUCUCGAGCGAUUAUGGAGCACUGUGUAUUACGUCGGUGCUGCAGGAAUAGAAAUCGCAUUACUAUCCUGAUGUAUAUCUGGAUAUUUUUUACUUGCAGUCUCACCGUUUGAGAUGGCAUUGGGACAGGCGGAGGGAGUUGGUGUUCGCAACGAUGCUGAAGCGUACCGCACGAUCGAGGACCC